CAACUGUUCAUUGGAAAGUGAUGGAUCGUUCAACGUGGAGGCUCGGGUUGAACUUGGUUUGGUGAAAGAAAUCAUUCCAUUUCGAAGCUAAAUUCUCUCGUACUGAUUUUCCUCUCUCAAUAUUCUUUUUCUUUAGUCCAUUGGAUUGUGGAUAUCUUUGCCGUCCACCGCAUUCCCAUAAUUCCAUUCUAUCAGCCGCGAAACAACGAAAUAAUAUACCAUGAAGUUCUCCAUUGCCGCACUUACCACCUUCGCUACGGCGACCAGUGCUUUCACUCACACCUCUUCCUUCACCGGAAAGACUUCUCUCAAUGCCGCCUCCAACGGGUCCAACAUGGACAUGCGAUACAAGGUUGCAGUUGUCGGAGGAGGACCUUCCGGAGCUUGUGCCGCCGAAAUCUUCGCACAAGAGAAGGGAAUUGAUACUGUUUUGUUCGAACGUAAGAUGGACAACGCCAAGCCAUGCGGAGGAGCCAUCCCAUUGUGCAUGGUUGGUGAAUUCGACAUCCCUGAAACCGUUGUCGACCGUAAGGUAUGUUUGUAGACAGAAAUCGUCGCCGGACAUUUAACUAGUCUUGUUGUGUUGGAAUGACUGAAAUCUCACUGAUAUCUUCUUAAUAUUAAUCAGGUCCGAAGAAUGAAUCUUGUCUCCCCUACCGGAGCUGAGGUUUCUAUUGGAGAUACUUUGCAGCCUGAUGAAUACAUUGGAAUGUGCCGUCGUGAGAUCAUGGACACAUACCUUCGCGACCGUGCCAUUGAGUACGGAGCCGAAGCUAUCAACGGACUCGUCACCAGAAUUGAUGUUCCCGCUGACCACAAGACUUCUGAGUCUCAAUACACUCUUCACUACCAGAAGUUUGAACCCGGAAAGUCCUCUGGAACCGCUGCCGAAAUGAAGGUCGACAUGGUCAUCGGAGCUGAUGGUGCGAACUCUCGUGUCGCGAAGGCCAUGGAUGCAGGUGAAUACAACUUCGCUAUUGCCUUCCAGGAGAGAAUUAAGAUCCCUGAUGACAAGAUGGUUUUCUACGAAGAGAUGGCUGAGAUGUACGUCGGUGACGAUGUCUCCCCUGACUUCUACGGGUGGGUUUUCCCCAAGUACGACCACGUCGGUGUUGGAACAGGAACCGUCGUAAACCGACCUGCCAUCAAGCAAUACCAGAAGGCCAUCCGUGACCGCGCUGGAGACAAGAUUGCAGGAGGAAAGAUCAUCAAGGUCGAAGCGCACCCUAUCCCAGAACAUUACCGUCCUCGUCGUGUCCAAGGACGUAUGGUUCUCGUUGGUGAUGCCGCAGGAUACGUUACCAAGUGCUCCGGUGAAGGUAUUUACUUCGCUGCCAAGUCUGGUCGCAUGGCAGCUGAAGAAAUCGUUGCCUGCAUGGACGGAGGAAAGAAGCUCCCUACCCAAGAAGAAAUCGAAAACACUUACCUUAAGAAGUACGACAAGGCCUACGGACCAACUUACGCCGUGCUCGACAUCCUUCAAAAGGUUUUCUACUCCAACAAUGGUGCCCGUGAGGCCUUCGUCGAACUGUGCGACUCCAAAUAUGUCCAACAGGUCACAUUCGAUUCCUACUUGUACAAGAAGGUUCAAGGAAACAAUCCUCUUGAUGACCUCAAGCUACUUGGUGAAACCAUCGGGUGCUUGAUCAAGGGGUAUUCCAACGCCAAGCCUGACGCUGUCUUCUCCAACCCAGUUGAAUCCCAGAAGAGACUUUAAAUUUGUUUGAAUGCAAACAAUCACAAAUGCAACAGAAUUGCUAUGGGAUAUCUCGACUAGAACUACCACAAAUAUCACCACAAAAAAUCAUGACGCACCCAGUAUCUCAGUCGAGGAAAGAAAUGAUACUCUACCGUCUAACUCUCGAGACGGCAGAACGAAAUCAGGCUAACGCCGAAGGAUAAACAUUUGUAAAAUAG